AUGGCCGUCAGCGUGGAAGCACCGACCCUUCGGAUGCUGCAAUCGCCCCACGUGGAGCUGUUCAGUCAAGGAGCCGAAGCGCGCAUCUAUAUCUACACUCCGCCUCCCAUCACCACAACCUGGCUCGACGACUCAAAGGACGUUGCAGGCAGUCCGCGCUCGAUCGCUGGAGGUUCAGCCGCCGAUCAACUGAUCAUCAAGCAUCGCUUCCCAAAGAAGUACAGACAUCCGUCUUUGAGCGCCAACCUCACCGCCUCCCGCACAAGCCUCGAAGCUAGAGCUCUGCUCAGAGCGGCGAGGGAUGGGAUCAAUGUGCCUGCUCUGCGAUUUGUGGACGAAACUCAAGGUGUCAUUGGGCUGCAACGGAUUCGGGGACGGACAGUGCGUAGAUGUCUUGGUGCAGGAGAUGAAGCAGAAGAGGAAGAGGAGAGCGAAAGCACACAUAGCAUCUCAGAGCACGUGCUUUCAGACGUCGCAUCGGAAGCUCUGGAUGAGUGGACGCAAUGUGAGCUGUUUGGGUCGAACAUCAUCGCGCUGAGUCGGUGCGGAAAGGCUCACAAGGCGCUUGAAUGCGUUUCCCUCUCCAAUCUACAGCCCAAGUGAUGAUCUUAAUCGGACGUCAGCUGGCGCUCUUGCACGCUGCGGAUAUCAUACACGGCGAUCUGACGACCAGCAACAUGAUCUACGUCGAGGCAGAGCCUGGCAUGCUGGGCAGAGUCGUGGGUGCUCCGCCGAUCCACUCAGCAAUAAUUUCGAGCGUCCUGACCGACUCUCCUUCCACGGCAGGUUCUCAUUGACUUUGGCCUGACCUCGCAGUCCUCCUCCGCGGAAGACAGAGCGGUGGACCUAUACGUCCUCGAGCGGGCAUUUGCGAGUACUCAUGCGGGCUCAGAGCACCUGUUCACACAGAUACUGGACACGUACUUUACGGAAACGGACUUGAUUAGGAAAGGAAAGGGGAAAGGCUUGAAAAGCGCAGAGAUUCUCCGAACAUUGGAAAAAGGUGAGUCAAGUGCACAGAUCACACCUCUUUCUAGCUGACCCACGAAAGUCCGCUUUGAUGGUAGUGCGCCUACGGGGGCGCAAGAGGUCCAUGGUCGGCUAG